AUGGCGCGGCUGGCGGCGCCGGAGGGACUCUGGGAAUCUCAUUGGAAGGCGCCCGCGGACGCGGUGGCCGCCGACAGCCUGGCCCGGUCCCUGCUGCCCGGCAGCGGCGACCCUGGCUCCAUGGACGCGCCGCCGUGGGAGCCGCUGCUGGACGCGCUCUUCGUGCUCACCGCGCGGGGCCGCGCCAGCGUGGGGAGCCUUGGGCCCGUGCACAACCUGCUGGACCUCGCCGUAGAGCGCGGCCUGGGCCCGCUGAUCCCGCUGCUGCGCGCCAGGGGGUACGAGCUGGAGCUCCUGGACGCGUACUCGCUGGAGGCCCUGGUGCAGGAGGACAGGGUGGACGAGGUCAGGGCGUACCUGGAGGCCGGCAUCUGCCCUGACAUCAGGGCUAACGCGGGGCGGAGCAUGCUGAUGGUCGCCACUGCCUUCAGGUGCACGCGCGUUGUCCCCCUGCUGCUCCGCUGGGGGGCGGACCCGUCCCAGCGCAGCGGCUUCGGCCAGUGGACGGCGCUGAUGUGGGCCGCGCACGUGGGCUGGGAGCACGGCUGCAGACUGCUGCUGGAGCACAAGGCGUGCGCUGAGGACAGGAACUCCCAGGGGCUGUCGGCCCUGGACAUUGCCCGGAGCAACGGCCACGCAGAGGCGCAGCGGCUGCUGGCGCCCGCGCUCUGA